AUGAAGAAAAUUUUCAUACUUUUCCUCUCUUUGGCUUUAGUUUUCACUCUCGGAAAAUGCUUCGAUUUUCAUGAGAAAGAACUCGAGACGGAGGAGAGGCUAUGGGAUUUGUACGAGAGGUGGCGGAGCUACCACACCUUGUCAACAAAUUUAGACGAAAAGCAUAAGCGUUUCAAUGUGUUCAAGGCCAAUACUCUUUAUGUCCAUAACUUCAACAAGCAAGAUAAGCCUUAUAAGUUGAAGCUUAACAAGUUUGCAGACAUGACUAGCCAUGAAUUCAGAAGUUUUUAUGCUGGUUCUAAGAUUAAGCAUCAUCGAAUGCUCCAAGGUGCACGAGGAAAUGGAACUUUCAUGUACGCGAAUGUAAAGAGUGUUCCACCUUCUGUCGAUUGGAGGAAGAAAGGUGCUGUCACCGAUAUCAAAGAUCAAGGCCAAUGUGGUAGUUGCUGGGCAUUUUCAACAGUGGUGGCAGUUGAAGGAAUAAACCAGAUUAGGACAAACAUCCUAGUUUCUUUGUCAGAACAAGAACUUGUUGAUUGUGACAAUACAGAAAAUCAAGGUUGUAAUGGAGGUCUUAUGGAUUUAGCAUUUGAUUUCAUCAAGAAAAAAGGCGGCAUUACAACUGAGAAAAACUAUCCUUACACGGCUGAAGAUGGAAGAUGUGAUUCCAUAAAGGAGAAUUCGCCAGCGGUGACAAUUGAUGGGCACGAGGACGUGCCUGUGAACGAUGAAGAUGCCCUAUUGAAAGCCGUGGCUAAUCAGCCUAUAUCAGUUGCCAUUGACGCCGGGGGUUCUGAUUUCCAGUUCUACUCCGAGGGGGUGUUCGAAGGAUACUGUGGGACGGAGCUAGAUCACGGGGUGGCGAUUGUGGGUUACGGAACAACACUUGAUGGAACAAAAUACUGGAUUGUGAAGAAUUCAUGGGGUGCUGAAUGGGGAGAAAAGGGUUACAUUAGAAUGCAACGUGGAGUGAAAGCUACAGAAGGACUGUGUGGUAUAGCAAUGGAACCCUCUUAUCCCAUUAAAACUUCCAAAAAUAAUCAUAUUGGACAUGAAAAAUCCAUCCUCAAAGAUGAACUCUGA